AUGAGUAGUAAAGGAUCUCGUGAAGAGACAGGUGUAUGGAAUAAUCUCAUUCAUCCAGACUGGGGUGCUAUAGAUGGUCAACUACUACGUCGAUCACCAGUUGCUUAUGAUGAUGGAGUCUUUGAAUUGUCAGGAAAGAAACGACCUAACCCAUUUCGUAUUAGUGAUCUUGCUCAUGGUGGGGAUCAGGGAAAUGCUUCAGUUAGGGGCCGCAAUUCAUUUCUGGUCUUCUUUGGGCAACAAGUGGUGGAAGAAAUCAUGGAUUCACAGCGUCCUGGUUGUCCAAGAGAGUUCAUCAAUAUUGAUGUUUAUAAAGGUCAUCCUAUCUAUGAUCAAGGUGGUAAAGGUGAUAUUAAGAUGCCAUUGUUACGAACUAGAUUUGAUCAAAGAACAGGCUAUUCCCCCAAUAAUCCUCGACAACAGCUAAAUGAAAUAACACCAUAUAUAGAUGGUGGAUUAAUGUAUGGCACAUCUAAAGCAUGGACUGACACAUUAAGAUCAUUUAAAGAUGGGAAACUUUUGUCAAAUGAUGAGAGUAUGCCUAUUUCUGAAAGCUUCCCAGUUAAGAACUCCAUCCGUUUACCAAUGGCUAAUCCACCACCUCCUAGAGAACAUAAACUCAAACCUGUUAAUAGAUUUUAUCGUCUGGGUAAUCCAAGAGGUAAUGAAAAUCCAAUGUUAUUGACUUUUGGUGUUAUAUGGUUUAGAUGGCAUAAUAUAGUAGCUGAAAGAUUAAAAAUUCAACAUCCAUCUUGGAAUGAUGAACAACUGUUUAAUCGAGCAAGACAAGAGGUGAUUGCUCACCAUCAGAAAAUUGUGAUGUACGAUUGGUUACCAAGAUGGUUAAGCAUUUCAAGUGAUCAGGCGAAUGCAACUUUCACAAAAAUUCCACCAUACGUAAAUAAAGGGAAUACUAAUGGCACUUCACAGGUAGACCUUACUCUGAAAUAUCAGCAAGGCUAUGACCCAAACAUACAUCCAGGUAUUUCUCAGGAAUUCCAGACAGCAGCAUUAAGAUUUGGUCAUACUUUAGUGCCCUCUGGUAUAAUAACUAGGAGAAUUCUUGACAAUGGUAACUGUGUAAAUACUACUAAUUCUGUUACCGCUGCAUUAGGACACAGAGAGAAUUUUAACGGUAUUCGUGUGUGUACAUCUUACUGGAAUUCACAAGAACCAUUAGAUACACAACAACCGGGUGUAGAUGGUGUUGUAUUAGGUAUGAUAUCAACUUUAUCAGAAAAAGAAGACCAUAUUAUUGUGGAAGAUUUACGAGGCAAUGUGUUUGGUCCAUUAGAUUUUAAUCAACGAGAUUUGGCAGCCAUAAAUAUACAGAGAGGAAGAGACCAUGGUUUACCAGGCUAUAAUAAAGUUAGAGAAGCUUAUGGUUUAGCGCCAAAAGAAGACUGGAUAUCUAUUAACCCACAGAUUUCUUCGAUCUUAAAUAAAUUGCAAGAAUUGUAUGGUAAUUCUCCAAAACCUGAUGAAUUAGAUGUCUUUACUGGUGGGUUACUCGAGACGGUAGAUGAUGGUCCAGGUGAGCUCUUUAGAGUAAUCACAUUAGAACAAUUUUUACGGAUUCGAAAUGGUGACAGAUUCUGGUUUGAGAAUAAAGACAAUGGUUUAUUUAGUGAAGAACAGGUAGCUGAAAUUAUGGAUGUUUCAAUGAGAGAAAUUCUUAGUAAAACAACAAACAUUAAUAAUAGUUAUUUAACAGAUGAUGUUUUUAGAUGUGUUCAAGGCACAACUGAAUGUGGAUGUAAUGACCCGUUUCAUUCCAAUGAAACAGACGGGAAAUUUGAAACAUGUGUCCAGUUAUCAACAUAUGAUUAUUUUAAUGACAGUGAAGUUUCUUUUACUUUAACAUUUGUUGGCGUUGGACUUUUUAUACCGGCGACUAUUGGUGUAAUGAUACUGAUGGCCAAAUAUAAAGAAAAACAGAUGAACAUGGCUAAAAGACGAACUCCUGUAGUGAGUGGAAGUGAUCCUAAUAAAUUCUUUGCAAUUGAAUGGAUUGGAACAAAAUCGGGAGAGAGAAAUGUGAAAGUUGAGUUAGAAAGAAGUCGUAAAAAGAUAAUGGUUUCUGACAGAACGGGAAAGAUGUUAAGAUUAAUAGACUUGAGACGAACAGACAGAAUACAUUUUAGACUGUCAGAUGAUAAAGAUAUGUCCUUGGCUUCUAUUCGAGUACCUGGUGAAAGUGAUCUGAUUCUCCGAUUUCCUAGUAUGUCCGAACGUCAGACUGUAGUUAGUCAUAUUGAGAAAUUUCUACAAGAUCUGGGCAUUAACCGUGAACAGCAUGAAUUCAGAGAAGAGACCAUCAUGAAGGAUGCUACUUCUUUCGAUGAUCGUAAAGAACUUCUUGACACUUUCUUCAAAGUUAUAUGUUUGCAAGCAUUCAAGAAGGAUUCUGCCCUAACCAACAUUGGAGAAAUAGAUCAUGAGAAAGUCAAUGAAAUUGGAAAAAUCAAACUGACAAGAACCGAAUUUGCUGAUGCACUAGGACUUCAACCAAACUCAUUAUUUGUUCGUAACAUGUUUCUCUUGGUUGAUCGUAGUAAAGAUGGCUUUGUUUCAUUUGAAGAAUUUCUUGGCAUGUUCGUUACCAUGGCAAAUGGUAAUGCUGAAGAAAAAGCCAAGAUGCUGUUUAAUAUGUAUGAUCUAAAGAGAACAGGAGAAUUAUCCAGAAAAGAUUUUACAAAGAUGAUCAAGUCGAUGAUGGACUUGGCUGAUGCUAGUAUAGAAGAUACACGAGUGGAUAAAUUGUUAGACCAAAUGUUUCAACACGCUGGUAUUGCCAACAAACAACACAUGAAUUUUGAUGACUUUAAGAAAAUAUUUGUGUCUGAAGAGUAUAGUGAUAUUCUGAAAAACUCAACUUUGGCUUUGGAUAAAGUGCAGGCAACUGGUGGUGGUACUGGUGUCAUUGAGAGAAAAAAAACGGUUAUAAAUCGUUAUAGAAAUCAGAGUUAUCAUGAUACUGCUAAUCGUCGUGCUUCUAAAGUAAAAAUUACAACAACCAAAAAACAAAUACCAAUGGGCAAAUUCCAAACUAAACUACAUGAAUUUACGAGAUACAUUGAAAACUACAGACUACAAAUCUUCUGGUUUACGUUAUUCAACUUGGUUAAUUUUGGUAUCUUCAUUGAGAGAGCUUAUUAUUAUUCUGUUGAAAGAGAACAUGCUGGUUUACGUCGACUUGCUGGUUAUGGUGUUAGUGUUACACGUGGAGCUGCUAGUGUACAGAUGUUUCUAUAUGCCAGUUUGUUGGUCACCAUGAGUAGGAAUACACUCACGUUUUUUAGAGAGACUUUCUUACAUCGAUUUAUUCCAUUUGAUUCGUUCCAUGCCAUGCAUAAAUAUACAGCUGUAAUAGCACUAAUAGCUACAAUUAUGCAUGUAAUUGGUCAUGCUAUCAAUUUGUAUCAUAUUUGUACUCAAGCAUCAUCAGAUCUCAACUGUUAUUUUAGAGAAUAUUUUAGAGCUACUGAUGUCUUGUCCACCUUUCAUUACUGGGCCUACACCACAGUCACCGGAAUAACUGGAAUAAUUCUCACUGUAAUUAUUAUCAUUAUGUAUGUGUUUGCUACUGAAUAUGGACGUCGCCAUGUGUUUAAAGCCUUUUGGUUCACACACAAUUUCUACGUCUUAUUAUAUAUCUUUAUGAUAUUACACGGUGCUGGCCGUUUGGUACAGGAUGGUCUAUUUCCGUGGUUCUUCCUCGGUCCUAUGGUUAUAUUUGUUCUGGAUAAGAUGAUUAGUUUAAGUAGAAAUAAAGUGGAGAUAACUGUCAAGAAAGCUCAAAUUCUGCCUUCAGGUGUUACAAAUCUUGUAUUCAAGCGACCUUUGAACUUUGAUUAUAAAUCUGGACAAUGGGUAAGAAUAGCUUGUUUGAAUUUGGGAGAAAGUGAAUAUCAUCCAUUCACACUGACAUCUGCUCCAAACGAAGAGAAUCUUAGUUUACAUAUCCGAGCUGUUGGACCUUGGACUUCCAAUAUCAGACGAGUAUAUGAUCCUAACAAUGUAAUCGACAAUAAAUUUCCAAAGCUGUAUCUAGAUGGUCCAUUUGGUGAAGGUCAUCAAGAUUGGUAUCGUUAUCCAGUAGCUGUAUUAGUUGGGGGUGGAAUUGGUGUCACACCUUUCGCUUCUAUUCUCAAAGAUUUGGUUUCAAAAUCUAGAAUGAAAGUUAAAUUCCCUUGCCAAAAGGUAUAUUUCCUGUGGGUUACAAGAACGCAGAAAAGUUUUGAAUGGAUGACUGAUAUUAUUAGAGAGGUGGAAGGUGGAGAUAUUAAUGGAUUGGUGUCAGUACAUAUCUUCAUCACUCAAUUUCAACAAAAAUUUGACUUCAGGACAACCAUGUUGUAUAUUUGUGAAAGACAUUUCCAGAAAAUUGCUGGACAGAGCUUGUUUACUGGUCUCCGUGCUACAACUCAUUUUGGACGUCCUAAAUUUCAAGACUUUCUCCAGACUCUUGCCUUUGAACAUGAAGGGGUUCAACAAAUAGGAGUAUUUAGUUGCGGUCCACCUCCCAUGACCCACAAUGUGGAAAAUGCCUGUACUUCAUUGAAUAAAAUUGAAGGACCAACUUACACUCACCACUAUGAAAAUUUCUAAAAUAUUUUGGUUUGAAUUGGGGCCUUUAAGGCUUUGGCACUCAGCCUUAGAUUUAUUUAUCCUUUUAGAGGCAUUUAGUAACUGGAUAGAGCAAUAAACUAUAACACAUACUUAUGGAAGAACAAUUACUGAUUUAUUUGGGCGACGUUUCGAAGAGUAUUCUCUCAAGAACAAUUGCUUGAAAACGUUGAGAGAAUACUCUUCGAAACGUCGCCCAAAUAAAUCAGUAAUUGUUCUUCCAUAAGUAUGUGUUAUAGUUUAUUUAUUUAUCCAUGAUGGGUUUAUUAUAAAAUAGAAUCACGUAGUCUUCAGUUGAAUAUAGCAUCUUUUUUUUAUUUGUGUACAUUCACACUAAAUCUCAUUAUGAUCAAUUAUUAUUAGUUUUUCAGUAUUGUAUGGUUUUGAACAAAGUACAUUGUAUUUAUUAUAAAAGAUUACCAUAACAUGGUAUAAGGCAGGGAUAUAUUUGCAUCUAUGUGUAGCUUUUUUCAUUAUAUUCAGCAGUCAGUGGUGAGUUGUGCCUUAGGAAUACUGGUCAGAUAGACAUUUUUCUACAUGACUGGCCAAACUAUGAAAUCAGAAUUAAACAUACAUUAUGCAAGAGCUAAAUCUGCCUAUUGCAGGUCUUUCUUUAGGCCUGAAAAGUUAUCUAAAUUAUUAACUUAUCCAGACCAUAAUCAACUCUUGAGAUGUCAACUCUAGCCUGCGAUAUUUAUUGGAUUAUGGGGAAUAUAUUUAGUAUCAGAUAUACUUUAAUAAAAAUUAGAUUAAACUAAAUGUCCUUUAUAUAUUAGUUAUACCUAUUUAUCUCACAGAUUUAAUGCUGAAAAAAAAAGAGCUAACUUAAUGGUCAAUAAAUGGCAAAUGUAACUUUCAGACUUCUGAAUCAACCAUAAUCUAAAAAUCCAUGUACAAUUUGUAUAUACAACUUCAACUCUGUACAUUUUAUUUCGUUUACAUCUUUUAAACUUUAAUGCAACAAACAAACUUUUUUUUAUUUGAAUAUUUUAUCAUAGCGUAUAAUACAAUUCUCACUUGCUACUUUCAUUGUACAUAUAUAGUUAACAAUAUUUGUUUUAAAAAAUGUAUAAAUUUUUACUACGUAAUAGUAUAUUCAUAGAACUCUUUUUAUUGUAUAUUUUGAUAUAUGAAUUUUCAUUUACAGAUUAAGUAAUUCUGUUAAACCACUUACAUGUAUAUUAAAGCUUAUGUGUGUAAUUCUGUUAAACCACUUACAUUUAUGUUAAAGCCUAUGUGUGUAAUUCUGUUAAACCACUUACAUGUUUAAAGCCUAUGUGUGUAAUUCUGUUAAACCACUUAUAUGUAUAUUAAAGUCUAUGUGUGAAAUUCUGUUAAACCACUUACAUGUAUAUUAAAGCCGCUAGUUGUGUCAUUUGCAUUUUGGGGGAAAUUUUCGAAAGCUUAAUCCAUACUAAAAUGUACUCAGAUAAUUAUCUAACACAUAAUUAUGAAAACAAAUUCAAAAUAUUUUGUGCGGAUAAUGUGCUGGCUUGGAUUCAAUCAGAUUAAAAAGACAGGUCCAUCAAAAGAUUUCCAUCAUGAAUCUCAAAGAUGGAACUGCCUUGUGUUAUAACAAUAAUGGCUUUAAACCUAAACAGACCUAACAUUUAUUUAGUCAUAAAAAAAAUUCAAAAGGAUAGAUUAAAUAAUUGUUAUUUAAUAAAAGUGAUAGAAGAUAAAUUUUGACCACAUUUUUUCUUGCUUCGGUUUUCGUCUGUUUUGACCAUAUCCGGUUUAUAUCAUCUGCAAAUAAUGCUGAAUGUUGCCAACUUUUCAAUUCAGCAUGUAAAUACUGACCGGAACUAACCCAUUUUUAUACUGAGAUCAAACUAUCACAAUCCUUUGAAUGACAUUCAGAGACUUUGUUCAUUAUGCUUAAUAUUUUACAUGAUUAUCAUAUAAUGUAAUAUGUAUUUACAACUAGAUCAAAGUAUAUGUGAUAGAUUGUAAUUUUUAAAAUAAAAUGUAUUUACUAUUUACCCUUUAA